CAGGGUGGGGAGAAUGGCGGGGAGGCGCCGCGCAAUGGAGCUCGUGUUUCUCGGCACUGCGGCGAAUCCAUCCCCGCGGAGGAAUUCUUCGUGUGUGCUGCUCAAAAUAGGGAAGAUUAUGCAGCUAUUCGACUGCGCCGAGGGAUCGUUCCGGCAGCUGCAGGAAUCGCGGCAUUCCGGCAGCGCGAUUGACAGGAUCUUCAUCACGCAUAUGCACGGGGAUCACGUCUGGGGACUUCCAGCAUUGCUGUGUGCUGCCAAGUUUAGAGUCAAUGCGGAGAUUUAUGGACCCCAAGGAAUUCGCGACUGGCUGCGCAUGAGCUUAAAGUCGUGCCGUGCGAAAGUUCCAUCCAAGUACAAAGUCCAUGAGCUCAUCCUUACUCAGGAAAAGAGCUUGGAACGAGUUGCGUCCUUGCAUGUCCCAGCUAAUCCUCACGACGAUGAAUUACCGGGAAAUGAUAUAAGCUGCUCUGGAGACGGUGUUUGGCAUGUACUUCAAGACGAAACGCUUGACAUCAAAGCUGGUUUGUUGACCCACAAUGUUCCCUGUUGGGGAUAUGUGCUAACAGAAGUCAAGAGCGAGGCGGAAAAAGAAAGCGCUGGCGAAACUACCAGAGGAAGCCGAAAAGUUGUGAUUCUUGGUGACACAGCCAACUCAAAAGCUCUCACCACAGCAGGCAGAGAUGCCGAUGUUGUGGUGCACGAGGCAACACUUGGUAAUUGUAACAAGGAAACUCACUCGACUCCAGAAAUGGCCGGAAGUUUUGCGAAAUCUAUGAAUGCCAAGGUGCUGGUUCUAACACAUUUGAACCGAAACGCUGGGACUUCAAAACUUCCUGCGACGGCUUAUCUUGAUCCGGCCAAGCGUGCGUUUGGAAGGGACAGCGUUGUUCUGGCAGAGGAUUUCCUCUCAUUGAGCCUAUGAUAGGCAUGGAAUCUAGCCGAGUGCGUGCUACUCCAGCAAAAGACGCUGCUAGCUUUCAAGGCACAAGCCUGUCAAGACUGCCAAGGAGGAUAAGUACGUUGCUGGCGGAACUGAAGUCCGCGAGCAGCUCCGGGGACUUGAAGAUGGGAAGGAGGCUUCAUGCUGAGGCUGCCGAGAGCGGCGCCGACACACAUAUUUACGUAGCUAGCAGCCUGGUGAAUAUGUACGCGAAGUGUGGGAGCAUGGAGACUGCUCGGAGUAUUUUCGAUAA